ACACGAUGAGUCAUCCCUGUGUGUCUCUUUUGGCUCCACCUGCUCCCCAAGGGCUUGCCCUUCCCCAGGAUGGAGCCCCGGGAAACCAGGUCCUGGCAGUCCCUCUUGAGAUGCCGGAGGCCCAGGAUUUGGUGACAUUUGAUGAUGUGGCAUGGUACCUCACCAAAAGGGAGUGGUUGAGGCUGGACCCUGAGCAGAGGGCGCUGGCGUAUUACGGGAAUGUGACCUCCAUGGGAGUUCCUGUUUUGAAUCCUGCCUUGGUCUCUCACCUGGCGCAGGGACAAGUGCUGUCGGUAUCAGACCCAUCCCUCAACACAGAUCGAGCUCAGCACUCCGAAAGCACCUCGCUGACCCAGCACCAGGUGAUGGGGGAAGACGGCCAGCCACAGGAGAUGGCCUCCACGAGCUCCCCGAGGGCCAGCGACCCCAGCGCUGAGGUCAAACAGAACGGGGACACGGCGGGGAGGGGAGGGGGCCCACAGAGUCUGCCCAUGAAACAUCACUUUGCGUGCAAAGAGUGUGGGGACACCUUUCGGCUCAAAGUGCUGCUUGUUCAGCACCAGAGAGUCCACAGUAAGGAAAAGGGCUGGGAGUGCGGCGACUGCGGGAAGGUCUUCAGGGGGGUGGCAGAGUUUAACGAGCACCGGAAGAGCCAUGUGGCUGCAGAGCCCCGACCUGGCCCCAGCCGGGCCCUGGAGGAUGCCGUGGAGAGGAGGGAGCAAAUGGAGAGGGAGGCAAAGCCUUUCGAGUGUGAGGAGUGCGGGAAAAGGUUCAAGAAGAACGCGGGCCUCAGCCAGCACCUGCGGGUCCACAGCAGAGAGAAGCCCUUCGCUUGCGAGGAGUGUGGGCGCUCCUUCAAAGUCGACAGCCACCUCCUGCGCCACCAGAAGCUCCACGUCUCGGAGAAGCCCUUCGCCUGCCGGCCCUGCAGCCGGGAGUUCCUGGACCGCCAGGACCUUCUCAAGCACCAGCGCGUGCACAGUGGCCACCCGCCCUUCGACUGCGACGACUGCGGCAAGUCCUUCCGAGGCGUCAGCGGCCUGGCCGAGCACCAGCGCAUCCACAGCGGGGCCAAGCCCUACGGCUGCCCGCACUGCGGCAAGCUGUUCCGGCGCAGCUCAGAGCUCACCAAGCACCGGCGCAUCCACACGGGCGAGAAGCCGUACGCGUGCAGCCAGUGCGGCAAGGCGUUCCGCCAGAGCUCCAGCCUGCUGGAGCACGCGCGCAUCCACGCCUUCCGCGGGCCCUCCGACCUCAUCAAGCACCGGCGCAUCCACAGCGGCCUGCGGCCCUACGAGUGCGACCAGUGCGGCAAGGCCUUCCGCAGGAGCUCCGGCCUCAGCCGCCACCGGCGCGUGCACGGCGGCACCGGGCGCUGCGAGUGCGGCGAGUGUGGCCGCGUGUUCAAGAGGCGCGCAGCGCUGCAGAAGCACCAGCCCAGCCACCGCGACUAGCCCGGCCCGGCAGCCAAAGGAGAUGAACGGUUCUGUAGCGCUUCUGUAUCUUCUCGGCCCAGAGGUUGACGCCGACUUCCACUGCCACCAGCAAUGUAUAAGUGUCUGUGUUUCCCGUUACGCCCCUCGAGAGCAGCCGUUGCCAUGUUAACCUAGUUGUGGCUCAUUGAACUGAACUGGCAGAAAGGACUGUCAAGGCAUUUAAACCCACAUGCCUUGAAUCCGAGAAGGAGAGGAGAGAGAUCCGGCUGGGGGUGCACAGAGGGCUCGGAGGUUGUUUACUCCAGCCACACCUACCCCAAGACACACACACACAGAGCCACUCAGCAGUGACAUCAACAUAAUGUGAUCCCAGCUUUCCCAAAGGGAAGAUUACCCCAAAGUUUUUUGGCCUACUUGAAUUUAUAAAUUUUUAGGGAUGUAAAUAGAACACUCAAAUGUCUUAUAAUAUUUAAUUUAUUAAUUUAGUUAUGCAUACAUAUUGUAAAUCACAUAUUAUAUAGAAUAAUAUAUUAAUUUAGAAAGUACCCUCUUUUUGCCACGCUCUGUUUCCUGAAAUCAUUUUAUUCUAACUCCUCACGUGCAUUUUUGACCUCAGCAUCUUCACCGACAUGGGAGUCCCCUUUGAGUCCUCAGACAGUUUCAUGUCCAUCCAUUCGCUUCCAUCCAGGCUGUGUGCAGUAGCACUGUGACAAUCCCUGCAUGAGGCUCUCACUAGAAGUUUCCUCCCAGGCCAUAUGAACAGAUUCACAUAACAUUAGAAUAAUUCUUUUUUUAAGUUUGUCCUGUAACUUUGCAACAUAACCACUUAAGGUGUUGCUUUCUCAAAUGACCUUUAAAAGGCUUUUUAAAAAGCAUCUAAAACUUGUCAUUGUGAAGUCAUACUCCCAGUAAUAAUUACCGAAUCUGGGUUAAAUGUCUUCUGUUCCUUUUUUCUUAAACCAAUUUGCUUUGGUGACCCCUAUACAUAUCCAAAACUAGUGUCGACUGGGGUUGUUUCAGGCUAAUGGGUCUUGUCCUCAAACAGCACUAUUUGGUUCAAAAUAAAGUAGUUGAGAGAGCAUCUCCUUCAUAAGACAGACGUCUCAAGGAACUCAAGUGUAGGUGACACCUCCUCUUUGGGAACAAGAGCCUCUCUUCAUACGAGCCCUCCAUCUCCAGCUCUGUAACCCGGGGGUGAUCACAGUACCUACCUCCCAGCUUAUCAUGAGGACUGCUGUCGUGUCUGCACAGCGCUGGGCAUGCCAGCCUGGCAUGGAGGUACACACUCAGUGAAGGUGACCUGCUGUCGGCAUACUUAUUGCUGUCAUUCUACAGCUCUUAGUACCAGAACUGGGCAUGGACCCCAGGCCUCCUGACUACGAGUCUCAUCUUUCUCUCACGCAAUGACUUCAAUACUGUUUCCGUUUUCUUGCAUGCAAAUUGUACGUUCAUCUCCUUUGACUAGUUAUCAAGUUACCUUUGGAUAUAUUGACUUUAUACAGCAGUUCUUUCUAUAUUGAUUGUGAUACUCUCCCAAUUUUAUUGCUUUGCUCUUUGUAGCAGUUUUAUUACAUUUUUGUUGUGCAGGCUUUUAAUUUUUAAGAUAUCCAAGCAUUCAUUUUUGUCCUUUAAGUCAUAAUUUUCAUUGCUUCAGUAGUUAGAUAUGAUGACAUUGUCUUCUAGAAUUUUAGUUACAAAUGAAAAGUUGAAACCCCUGCCCACCGGAAGGUGAGUGCACCAGGUGGGCAGAUUGGAUGGGACUGGGCCAGAGAAACAGGCUCACUCCUCAUGCAGGAUGCAGACUGCAUGUGCAUCUGCAGGCAGCACUUGGCUAUCCAGCCUGGCCACUCUGGCACACGAGACAUACUUUCCUCGCGACUGGCCAGAAUGCUCUGUGACUUCAUCAGAAUAGCAUCAGCCGCCAGCAGUAGGACUUAGCCUUACCUACAUCAUGGGGUGGUCCAAGUUUGGUCUGGCAGCUACCCGGCCAAUCCUUUGAGCUCCUGGGAGCCUUGGCAGUGCCCAGCAUGGAUUCCGGGACUGAACAGCAGAUCCACCCGAGAGACAUCUCCUUGGACUCAAGAAGACUCACUUGACUGACAUUAUCAUGUGGACCACAUCCUCCUCCCAGCCAGUGACUCUGGAACUAGAGUUUGGUGGCUUCCACUUUGGGCAAGUAGAGGGCAAUUCACCUGUGUGUUCUGGAGUCACUUCCUGCAGCCACGCCUAAGGGGCAACAGAACAGAGAGGCUCGGAGAGGAGCCGUGCCCCUCCAAUGGCUUGCACGUCAUGCUGAUGGAAGCUGGCUACACCAGGCCUGGACUAUAACUUGCAGCAGCCAUGCCCGGGAGGGGCAAUAAAGCAAAGGAUUGGAGGGCAGUGGUGCCCUUCUGAUGGCCUGAGUGGCAUAGAAAUGGAAGCUGAUCAUCCUAGGUGGGACUGUCAUUUCCAGCAGCCUCCCCUAGGAGGAAGAGCAGCGAGAGCUGGUGAGGAGCGUGGCUCCUCCAGUGGCCUGCAAGGACCACACAUAGAAGCCAGCCACACCAGGCUGUGGCGUGACUUCCCAGCAGCUGGGCGCAGCGGGCACUGGAGUGCCUGGAGAGGAAGUUCGCCCUUCUGUGGGCCCACUGAGGCAAAGGUGAAGCUUCCCAGCAGGCCCAGCUUGAAAGGGUUUCUGGGGCCCCCAUCCUGGGAAGCAAGGUCCGACGACCCCUUGACCUUGGUCAGAAGGGCCUCUCAAAUGGCCCCCAGGCCACCAUAGUGGCCCUAUGUGCCAUCUCCAGCCUGAUCCCCAGGUUGGAGAGAAGCCAACAGCACUUGUUACAUAGCAAUUCCUUUUGCUCCAUGGGCCUCAGUUCUUGCAGUAGUUGUGAAUCUGUGUCUGGAAUCACUACCUUCUUCUCUGAUCAGUUUUCUCUUUUCAAGCUGUUAGGACGUGUUUUAUACAGCUGUCAUUUGGUAAGGAAGGUUGGCAUCUACCAGGGGCAGGUCUGGCACCAUCACCUAGAAGUACUCUGCAGUUCCUUGCCCAUUCACUCAUCACUUGUCGUGUUUUAAAAAGUGUCCUGCUAAAGUCUAGACACAGCAUUAGCUGGGAACGUGACAUAGUUCACACUCUGCCCAGCCGGGAUGUGGCACCAGCACCCCUUCCUGCCCUCUUUUACUUCUUUCUAUUUUCGGUUCUGUAAUUUUCUCUCGAACAAAUCCUCAUUUAAAAGUAACACUAAAGAUCUGUCUUUGCCAUCAGUGUUGACAGAACGGCUUUUCGUGGUGUUUGUGGUGAAAUCCGUGCUCUCUCCAAGUGCGGUCUGUGGCUUUACCGUGUGUCCUAUAGUUUCGCCGAGUUCAUUCUUGUGUCUGCUGACUUGGGGGUGGACUUCGCGGACUCUCUAGGUGUACCGCUGCAUCAUGCACAGUGUGGCCAGGCUCCCCACUGUGUGCACCUGCCUGUGCCACCGCGCGUCUGCCUCGUCUCAUCCUGCUCGCCAGUCUCGCGCCUUCUGCUUCCAGGGCGGUGGGGAGCAGCGCGGUUCUGUGCAGUGCGGGCUCUCCUUACAAACAGGUCUUUUUCUUUUUGACCGUAUUAAGAAACCCUCCAUUGCUUUUAUUAGAGUUUUGAACACUUGCUGACAUUUUGAAAACAAAGUAAUUGUUUACCAUUUUUGCUGCUGAUUACAAUUAACCAUUGGUUCGUGGUGUCAUACCGUUCUUGCAUUUCCAGAAUAAUCUCCACCCAACGGUAGUGGGCAUCUUUCUCACGUGGUACUGCAUUCCGUGUGCGUGGUUUUGUGCUAGAAGUGGCAUGGCACUUGCCCUGCCCUCAGCCCUGGGCCAUGGCCCCGUUGUGUACCAUGUAACUCACCACCCCCUUCUAGGCCACAUUAAUGAAACCAGAAUGGAACAUCUGACCCAAGGGCGGCAACCAGCCAUCAGAGCUAGCUGGAGACGAUGGACUGGGCCUUUCAGGUCUGUGACACAAUAAUGAGGGAACAGAAGUUUCUAGUUUGUGUUGGAAGACAGAGGGAGCCAUGCAGUAUUUAAAGGAGUUUCUUCCAUGGGUGGUACUGGGUUGAAGAUCCGUGGGCUCCUGCUCGGCCCCCAGAGCUGCUUCCAUCCCAGCAUCCUGAGGGGGGCCUGGCCACGUGACAUUCUUGAAUUCCUGGCGACUGCCCUCAUCAGUCCGUACAUGUCCCCACCAUAGACCCCGUUGACUCGAGCCCACUUGAGUGGUCCUGUGCUUUCUGCAACUUGUCAAGAGCCGGUUGCAGUUUAUCACAUGGCUGCUUCCUGAGAAGAAUCACAUUGCUGGCUUUCCUCCCCUUCCACCCAGCCGCACUCCUGGCCCAGGCCCACCUGACUGUCGUGAGCACCUGUGUGACUGUGGUACUGUAGUCUGUUCACUAAGAUGGGUGGAAAUCUAUGCCUUAUAGUCUCGGUGAGUUUAGCCAAUGAUUUUCUGUCUGGAACAAAGAAACCAAUGAUCUUGUUCCUUUACUGAACCCACGUUUGGUCCACGAAAUGAGUGAGAUCACAGCCCACCCUGUUCUCUAUUUUGGAAGCAUUUCACUAUUCCUGUAAAUCCAUUGGUUUGGGGAAUUGGUAACCUCUCUAUUACUAGUAUACUUACUUACAUUUUGUAGUUCUCAUUGCGUCAGCUUCAGUGUUUACUUUCAAUAAUAGAAACGGUCUCUUUAAACUUGGCCGUCAACGUUGUUUGCAUAUCUGAGCACAGAAGCUCUGUCCCAGCCCAGUUUGUAUUUCCAUUGUUGGCACUCUUUUCUCCUUCCCCCCAUCUCGUUACCCUGUCUGUUGUAUGGCGCUCACUGUAAUCAGCUUGCACUAGAGCUGUUCGUGGACUUGGCUUCUCCCCUGCCCACUCCCCAGCCGUCCCCAAUCCAUUAGAUUGUGAGCUCUUAGAAGACAGGGAUGGCCCUUCAUGUCUGACCCCUACCAAAUCUAGCACAGUGCCUUGCAUCGAGUAGAUUUCAAUAAAUAUAUGUUAAAUGGC